CAAUAAAGUGCUUUAGAAUGUGGGGGUGUGAGUGAAUGGUUCAUGUGGUCAGUGGUUGAACUGCUGUAACAGAAAACUCUUGACAUUUUGCUCGUCGCCCCCUCAGUCAGACGGUGAACUUCAGCUGCUAGUUGACCGUUAGCGUGUAGGUUGUCGGUUCUCCCGAACUCGCGCUAGGCCUCUGGCUGACGGGGACGAGCCUCGGUGUCUCCUGUAGAGAGUGUCCGCGAAGCGACGACUGAUACCGGGAAGAGGCGCUGGGAUGGACCGUCCAAGCAGAAGUGCUACCGUGGAGCACUACAAGGCUGCCAUGCUGCUGAGCGGUGCUGGUGAUGCUCUGGGCUACAAGAAUCAACUGUGGGAGUACAACGAGUCUGGACCAGCUAUUCACCAGGAGCUGCAGGAGCUUGGAGGUCUAAAGAACAUCAAGGUUGAGCUUCCUGAUUGGCCGGUGAGCGACGACACAGUUCUGCAUCUCGCCACGGCUGAAGGACUGGCAACAGGGAAGACGGGCGAGGAGCUUCUGCACGAGGUGGCUGCGCGGUACGUGGAGGGAAUGAAAGACAUGGAGGGGAGGAAACCAGGGCCUUCCAGCAUCCUGGGUGUUUCCCAGCUGAAGCCCGGAGAGGAAGGCGGCUACAGAGUUCCGUACAACCCCGAGGGGACUGGCUGUGGAGCAGCAAUGAGGUCCAUGUGCAUCGGCCUAAAGUACCCCAGACCAGACCAGCUGCUCUCAUUGGUGGCUGUUGCUGUGGAGACGGGCAGGAUGACCCAUCCUCACCCCACCGGCUUUCUGGGAGCCGUAGCGUCAGCUCUUUUCACCGCGUACGCCGCCCAGCGCCGGCCAAUCACCACGUGGGGUCUGGGGCUGAUCAACGAGGCCUGUCCAAUAGCCAAAGUGUUCGUGCAGGGCCGGGAGUUCGCCGUGGAGGAGACGGAGAGGGACUGGGGAUACUUCUGUGACAAGUGGCAGUGGUACGAGCUGCUGAAACGGGGAUUUAUCGUGUCGUGUGCACCGUCAGCAGCCUGCAGUAACCUCUGGGAGCUUCAAGUUAAGAUCACAAACAUCUGUCCUGCUGGGAUGCAAGUGCGUCAGGUUAAUGUGUCAGGAAGAGAAGAAAAUCCUUUGUGUGCCUCAGAUAACAUCUUGUACCUGGACCUGAGGGGCAUCUCUAACGGAGUGGGACCCGCGAUCUGGCCCUCUGCGUACGGUCCAGCUGAGAGGGACGAGGCCUACAAGAGCUUCAGUCUGUCCGGCUGGGCAGGACGGAGCGGCCACGACGCCCCGAUGAUAGCGCUGGACGCCAUGUUGGGAGCGGGUCCAGACUGGGAGGAGCUGAUGAGCCGAGCCGCCUUUCAUGGAGGUGACAGCGACAGCACCGCAGUGAUCGCCGCCUGCUGCUGGGGUCUCCUCUACGGCACCAAAGGGGUCCCUGAAGGCAACUACUGCAACCUGGAGUACCGGGACCGACUGGAGCGCUGUGCAGAGCAGCUGUACGCCCUGUCACAAUGACCUGCUCCCAGAAUAAAGUCCGUCCAGCUGAGGAGAAUCUAGGCCACACUGACACAUUCUGUAGCGCGUUCAUCUGCUGUCACUGAGCCACAAAGUGUGCCGUCAUACUUGCCUGAAGGGAAAACUGCUGACCCACUAACCCAUAGUCACUUCUGUCAGAACAAGGACAAUGCGCCACACAAAGGUAAAGAGGAUAGCGUGCACAGGAGUCCCCCUAGUGGCCGAUCUGGAAUGGAUGUUCCACAGAGCAGAACAAAUUCCAGCUAAUGACAACAAGACGUGAGUGCACACACGUCCCUGAGAGGUAAUUACUUCAUUUUGUCAACGAGAGAUAAUCACAAAUGCUCAGUGAGCUUUAAAUGAAAUGCUCUCCUGCGGUAAAUGAAAUGGAAAAACUGCAUCUCUCAGCACAGAAAAAGGAUGACCGUGAAUAAAAUUAAUACCCAAAAAUUA